AUGAGCGAUUUCACUGAGCAGACUCUUUGCGACCAUGAAGCAGACAGGCAGACCCGCGAGGUUUAUCGUUACUUCCAGCCAGAAAAUCCAGCGGCACUGAAUUCGACAUGGCCCCUUGUCGAUCAUGCGAGCACUUCAAUCGCCGUAUCAUCAACUGCAAGCUCUGCAAGCUCUGCAGAUUCUGUUGAUAAUGUUGAUUCAGCUGUGGAUGAGGGGCUGCCUGAGACGACCGCCAUUGAUGACAGCCCUCUCUACAGCCCAAACACGACCUUGACAUCUCUGGCGCAGCUCGCAGCUCUGCGACUGAAUGCGCAGCGUGCUAUAAUCACGAUAUUGAAUCGCGAAACUCAGUAUGUAUUGGCGGAAGCUACGAGAACGACCAAUGUGGGAAGUUCGACAUUAUUUGGUGACAAGGGAGACAGCCUGUUUGCUGGAACAUCCAUAUUAUCAAAUUCUUGGAACAUUUGUGAAGAGACAGUCAAUGUACGAUCGGACGAACAGUACGAAGGAACAUAUCCUUUUCUUAUUAUCAACGACCUUGACCGCGAGGAGCGCUUCCAGAAAUUGCCCUUCGUUCAAGGCGAGCUGCACUCUCGCUUUUAUGCCGGCACGCCCCUGACGAGCGAUGACAACAUCAAUCUGGGCUGCUUGUUCAUAUUAGAUCCUGAACCUCGUGACGGGUUGGAUGAUGUUGAGAAGGAUAUACUUGGAACGAUGGCAUCCGUGGUUAUGGAGUAUCUACAGAUGAGCCGCCAGGCCAUUGAAGGGCGCCGCGCCUUACGGUUAUCGCAUGGCCUCCGUCUUUUCGUGGACGGGAAUUCCAGCUUCACCCAUAACGAUCCCGCCUCUCGCUCGCAUAGCUCAGGCUACAGUCCAUCUUCACAUGCAUCGCCAUAUCGUGAACGGAGUCAAUCUAUGAAUUCUCCAACCCGAGGCUCCAAUUCUUACCCAUCAGAGUUUGACAACGAUGACGCGUCGCUUAAAGACGGCAACCUACGAUCUUCGACUCGAGUCUCGACCACGGAGCCAGGCAAUGACAUAUCGGUUAGCCCAGCUCCAUCUUCACAAAGCUCGAAACAAAGCGACAGCGGAUCGAUGGUGUCAAGCAACGCCGAUUGGCUUUUCCAGCGAGCCGCAAACCUCUUACGACAAAGUCUGGACCUUGACGGUGCCGGGGGUGUGAUGCUUUUGGAGAAUGGCGAUGAGUUGCCAGACGGAAGCCCCCACAGCCACUCGUCCUCCACUGAUUCAAAUAAUUCUGUCCCCGUUCUUGCGCUGUCGACCAGAGAGGACCCGUUCUCAUAUCAGACGGAUUCUGAGUUAUUGCACCCGGCUGUUAAACUUGACCAGGACUUUCUAAAUCAAUUAUCUCGCCGUUAUCCCAAAGGGCGUAUCUGGUCAUUCCAUCGUGACGGGAGCCUAUCUACCUCGGAUGAAGACGAGAUGUCCCUCGGAGCCGCUCGGAAAUAUAAUCAAAGCUCCAGGGUACUAGAAGCCAGCAAACUAAAAGCCUAUUUCCCCGAUGCGAACCAGGUCAUGUUUGUUCCAUUGUGGAAUGCUACCAAUCUGAGAUGGCUCGCAGGCUGUUUCUCCUGGACUCCCCAGUCGACGCGAGUUUUCAGUCGAGCAAUUGAUCUCAGCGCCAUUUUCGGUUUCGCUUCUUCCGUGAUGACCGAAUACAGCCGCAUUGAAUCAGCCGUCGCAGACCGCCAGAAGGGCGAUUUUAUCAGCAGCAUAUCUCACGAACUGCGCAGCCCAUUACAUGGUGUUUUAGCCGCUGUCGAGUUCUUGGGGUCUACUCGUUUGGACGAUUUUCAAGAAUCACUUCUCGAGACGGUAAAUGCUUGUGGCCGAACUCUCUUGGAUACAAUGAACCAGGUUUUGGAUUUCAGCAAAAUAUUGUCCUUGGAAAGACAGAAAAAAAGGCACAAACGCAGAAAAGAUCCAUGGAGGCCUAGAGCCCCAGACCGGCACCCAGCGCGAAUGGACCCACUUAUGGCAACCAACGUUGCCAUCUUAACGGAAGACGUUGUGGAUAGCGUGUGCUUGGGGCAUUACAACAUCCAAAAGUCAACAACGCCAACAAACCAUCCAAUUGGCGAGUCACACAUUUUGUCAACGUCAUCGCUAAAGAACAUUCAACUUGGCACAAAUUCAGCUGUGGAGGUCAUUGUCAAUAUCAGUGAUAAUGACUGGUUUUACAACGUCCCGCCCGGCUCAAUGAGGCGUCUAAUCAUGAAUCUUCUCGGAAACGCACUGAAAUAUACCCCAAAGGGCCAGAUAUCAGUCUCGAUCCAGGCGACCGAGAACUCAAAGGGCCGUUCUCGGCGUCAGGGCCUGGAAGAUAUAGUGACAUUAACUGUUUCAGAUACAGGUAAGGGAAUCUCAAACGAGUUCCUUCAGACUCGUCUUUACACUCCAUUUGCGCAGGAGGACCCCCUUUCUGUGGGUACUGGCCUCGGUCUAUCAAUUGUUCGCGAAAUUGUCAAAACCCUCAAUGGAAACAUCAGAAUCAGAAGCCGAGUCGGCGAAGGCACUACUGUCAAAGUGACGAUUCCCCUCGAUCGCCCAGUGGGAGAAAAAAGUCUCUCGUCGACGCCUUGCGCCGAUAAGCCGGAACAAGAGCCACUUACAGCACCCCUUCAACUACGCCAGCUGAACUUGAUCGAGAAACGUGCCGCGAUAUGGGGGAUAGAUCCUUCUCAUGUCGGCGAGUAUUCAUUCUGGUCUUCAAUUGCCCGGUAUAUCACAGACUGGUAUGGCAUGAAGCUAGUGCCUUGGUCUGCGGACGAACCUAUCGAUCUUUUACUUGCAAAUGACAGCGAUUUAUCAACAGCGGGAUUCCAGCAGCUACGUGAUGCAUUACCGCAAAUGCUUGUUUUUCACCGUUGUGUAGGCAGCCCGAGCGAUAUCAGGACAGAGUGGUCGCAUCUUGCCGACUCUAUGGUGAUCAUUCGGCGACCAUGUGGUCCGCAGAAUCUUGCCAGAGGAAUCUUGAACUUGCUUUAUCCAAAGAAUGCGUCUCUGGUAUCACCUGCGCCAUGUCCGAACCUCUCCGAAGGAGAACUCGUACUCCCGACGCGGCCCCGGUUCUCAAACCAGACUCCAUCAACCGGGAGCUCUACCAUUUCGUCUGAAAAUCUGGACUCGCCCGAUGCUGAAUUAUCCAAUCCUAUAGCAGAUUGCGUUAGCUUCGCCACAGACUCUCUGAAACGCAACGGUUCGAGCCAGUCUCCAGAAACAGCAGGGUCCUAUCGCCUCGAGUCUGAAAGCGAUUCUUCCAUGCCUCAUGAAUCCUCUCCCGCGUCCUCCACUUCACCACCCAGGCAGUCAGCCCCCAUCGAGCCCUCACCCGGUUCAAAAAGCAAACCGCGAGUAUUGCUGGUCGACGACAAUGAAAUCAACCUUCGACUCCUGAGGACCUUUAUGAGAAAAUGUAACAUCACGGACGUAGACACAGCACAAGACGGCGGACAAGCCGUCAUCCAGUUUGAAAAGGCGCCGUCGGGCUACGACCUUAUUUUCAUGGACAUAUCCAUGCCCGUAAUGAACGGGUUCGAAGCGACGCGUGCGAUCCGCACGAUUGAAAAAGAGCGCAGUGGCUGCACCCCAGCCAAUAUUAUCGCUCUGACUGGACUCAGCAGCUCAAACGAUGAAGUUAAAGCACUGGGGUCCGGGGUGGAUGUCUUCCUCACGAAGCCCGUUUCGUUAAAGGCCGUAUCGCGGCUACUUGCAGAUUGGGAAGCCGGACUGGCUGGAUAA